AAAAAGUAUUUCCAAGGAGCAAAACACCACCCUCCUUCGAGGGUGUAGCCACCCCGGAUGGGGUUUCUCUAUGUCUCGCCCGCCCGCGACGCCUCACGCACCAACUACAUACAUCCUCUUCACCAGGCUUCCAAGCCUCUCUACGAACCAGGCCGCCCGAAGUCAACUCGACUUUUUAACACCGAAAGGUCGAAUCGAGAAUCGAACUCAAGACCCAGGUGAGGUUGUCGACGGUAGUGAAACGCUACCUCGGGAGGUAUAAUGCCUGCGAUCCGGCCGCGGGCUUACACAC